AUGCUUCUCCCAUCAGCCCUCCCAUGCGAUGUGCGCCGGUCGUCUCGCUUCACACCCAGUCGCCUCUUCUCAACACCUCCCCCCUCCGACUCAGGAUCUGCGUCAGGCAACGGCCUCCUCGGCACAUGCCGCGCACUACAGUCUCUACUCAAUGGAUCGCCCGCACCUCCAUCGCGCCGAUCAGUAAAACCUCAACGCCUCCAGAGCCCCCUUCCCUUCAACACAGCCCGCCGCUCGCCGCGAUCGCAAAAAGCCGCCCGACCCGUUUCUCCCAGACCUACACCACCCCCCAGAACUGCCGCUCUCACACCUCCCCCUCCUCCCUCUGCACCCGCACGCGGCGCAAACAAGCGCCGCCGCGACACUUUCGAUGAUGACAGUGACGCGGAGAUGAGUCGCCCGCGCAACCGCUUUGCGACUCCCAAACGUCACUGCCACGUUCCCCACGACAUGCCUCUCGGCCUUUCCUCAACAGACUUCUACUCUCUACACUCCCCUCCCGUCACCGAAUCUCCUCCUUCUCCUCCCCGCCGGAUGGACUACAAGAUCCAAACUGGCUCGCAAAUCGACCCCGACACCCCCCUGCCCUCCAUCGAGGGCACAGAGUGCGCCACUUCGGCUCCACAAGACAAGUGGACUCCCGAAGAAGAUCAACGUCUCAUCGAGCUGGUCCUCGAGAAAUUCCGCCUCUCCCAAGCCGAAUGGGACGAGUGUGCGCGCCAAAUGGGCCGCAGCCACGCCGGGUCCAGGUGGCAGUCCCUCGUCGGCGAGGGUCGUGUCGGCCUGCACUCGCGUCGGCGUUGA